AUGCCGAGCUACAUCAGCAGGGACGACGAAGCGUACCACGAUGUGGUCAAGGGCUUCGACACGGAGUAUUUCAAGCGCCAAAGGAUGGAGCGGUUGUCGGCCCGGGCCAAAGAGUGGAACUCUCUCUAUCAAGAGCUGAACUGGUUCCUCAACCAGAUAGUGCACGAGGGCCCAGACGAUGCCGCUGACGAGGCCAAUAGACUCGACAACUGGCUGCGGAACUUCACGAAGACGGGCCUCGAGGAGAUGCCAGAAUAUCUGGACUUUGGCACGAACUGCCAGCAGGCGAUCCCACUGGAUCAACUACGCGGGUGGCUACUUCUACAGCGCUCGCGGCUCACGCCGACCGAGCGCGCAGCGGUCAUCAGCGCCGUCGAGGAGACCUCUGACUACGAGAGUAUCGGCGAGCAGCUGCGAGUACCGUGGCCAGAUGACGAGCUGACGAACCGCGACAGAAAGGAGAAGGAGCACCAAGGCCGCCAGCGAGACCGCGGACGCAUUCACGCUGGAUGGGAACAAUGCGAAGACGAACCAGACGCUGAAGAGCACAUCUACCACGAACAGUCCGAGACGUCAGUCGGCACCGAGAACGAGGACGACAACAACCCGGAGGAGCCGCCAAACAGCAAGCCGUCCGACAAGGACAAGAGAACAUCAUCCAGAGACCCGAAGGCGAAGACAAGUCGCAGGGGACUCUGUCUGAAGUGCGGCGGCAAUCACGAGACGAAGGAUGACAUGCCGAGGAGCCAGUCUGCCGACCGUGAUCGUGGACCGAAGCAGGGCUUCUCCUCGCUCGUGUUUUACAACAUCCAGCGCGACGCCGAGAUGGAGGUGACGACGAUCAAGCACGACAGGUCGCUGCGCGAACUAGAGGACACGCCGAGCAAGCCAGAGGUUCCGAAGCGCCACGACGAGAAGCUCCCGAUCCUGGCCGCGCUGGAAGCUGCCGAGCAGCUGCGCGACCUGAUCUACGACGCGACGGGCAAGAACAUCAAGAUGGACACCUCACAGAAGACGACGUUCAUCUUCGGCGACGGCAACUCCAAGACCUGCACUGGCAAGGCUACGUUCCCGCUGAACAUUGCCGGCGUGGAUGGCAACCUGGAGAUUGACAUCCUGGACGCCGAAGCUCCGUUGCUGAUCGGAGUGAGCGUGCUACGACGGCUCGGAGCCGCGAUCGACUGCGAGAAGAACGAGAUCUAUUUCAAGAAGCUCGGUCGCCGAGCUCAGCUGCUCUCCCGUCCGAGCGGAGAUUUUGCACUGACUUUAGUGGCCGAAGCAGACUUCGGUUUC